AUGAACAUCCCAUUGGUGCUUGGCAUCGGCCUAUCUGCGCAGACAGUCUCCGGCUGUGACAUUGGGGGCUUCUGUGCAGCAUGGCAAGGCCAGAUUGUGGAUUCCGAGAUGCUGGCACGCUGGACCAUAAUGGGAGCAUUUCUUCCCUGGUUUCGACACCACUAUGAUAACUACUACAAGCCGUGCCAAGAGCCAUACCGCUAUGAAGAACCAGUCCCCACAAUCUGCCGAAAGUACAUUGAGUUGAGGUACAAACUUAUUCAGUACAUCUACGAUGCCAUGUAUGAGAACACGCAGACAGGUAAACCCAUCUGCCGGCCCCUGUUCAUGGAUGAGUUCAAACCGGGAGAAUUCUAUAACGAUGCACGCGCAGAUGACCCGCAUGGGAGGGGAUAUAACGGUUACACGGCCAACCGAUUGGAUGAUCAGUUCCUCUUGGGUAAAGACAUGAUGGUGGCACCCAUUAUCAAUCCAGGUUUGUUUAUUUUUAAAAGGCCAUUUUUAUGUUCCAUGCUGUAGACCUUAUCUGGUACUCAGGCCUCACACAGAAACCCUUGCCAUAACCUUGUUGCAAAAAUGGUAAAAUUCCCUUUAAAAAAAUGGCCAGUACUUUCCAAAAAUGCUCUGCACUUUAAGAGAACCCUCCAAGUACUUUUUUAAGACAACGCAUCUUAGUACAUAGCAACUGUACACCACUGAGAGGAAAAGCCGUCAAUUUAUUGUAUCAAAAGGUCAAACGAGCCGUGCCGUCUACCUCCCCGCUGGGGGUCAGUGGUACCGUUUUACAGAUGACAAGUAUCCACUGGAGGAUCCUGUCAAUGGUGGGGUGGAGUUCGAUUUCUACGCCCCUUGGGACGACCCUGUUAGAGAUGACUGUGCCAUUUACAUCCGAGAAGGCGCCAUUAUACCCAAGCGUGAGGUUGAGCAGUACAUUGGUGAGCUGUACCGUCACGGCAAGGUGAAUCCCAUCACGUUUAGUAUCUAUCCUGGCCGAGACAGCAGCUACAAGUUGUAUCUGGACGAUGACGGUGUGAGUAACAAGGCAGAGACCGCUGGCGAGUAUAGACUGACUGAAAUCAGUCAUCAAGGUAAGGCCGCAUGUAAAACGUCAUAUGAUUGACUUGUAUUGCCUAAACAAAAACUCUCUUAUAGUAUUAUGUUGCCUGCACCAAAGUAUUCAGUGGUCAAGCGAGUGCAUACUGUGUGAACGUUGUAAUGUCGGAGGCACGCAUUCAGGCAGUCAGAAUCAAGUCGUCUCGCACGAGUUAUGAACAACUACACAAGCCAGUAAUUCACGAUGUUAUAAAAGAGUAUAACUUUGUAUUGCCAAAGCUCAACACAGAAUAGCAAAUCAACAGGAUACCCGUACUUGAAUAAGCUUUAUGUUCGAAAAGUUUCGAGUUCUCCCUUCCCCUACUUUCGGUUCCUUUAACAAAUUCCUCUGAAAGUUUCAAUUUUCUUUCGUUUAUCUUGUGAGACAGUGUUGUUUUUUGUGUUUUUUUAUAAUUUUACGCGGGAAAGUGGCGAGCGGCUGUCUAAAAUUGAUCCUCUCGUGCAUGCACGACGUUCGGACAGCUGUGUUACACUGGGGAAACCAAAUGAACAAGGUUUUAAACGGUGAAAGGAAGCGUCGACAGAACUUUUUAUCUUUUUCUUUUUCAAUCAUCAUUUAACUCUUUCUUUUUCGAACACCAGGAAUUGCAGGAGGUCAGCGGAUUCGUAUCAAGCGUCUGCACGAUAAAUUCAAACCACGUGAGACGUACCACUACCUUGGAAUGCCGGGAACGAUUUGUCCGACCUCCGUCAAGGCUGCUGGGAAAACCUUGCCAAAGAAAACCGGAAACACGGACGAAGAGGCUGCGAAAGCCUUGGUGGACUCCACAGACACACCAGGAUCCUUUUACUAUAAUAAUUCAUUGAAUACAACGUACAUAAAGAUCUUCGACACGAUGAACGACAUCACAGAAGACGUAGUAUUCUGA